GUUGCGCCAGGGCGAGGCAGUCGCGUCCGUGUAGCCAGCCGCGGUAUCGGGAGGCCGGGCGUCCGAUCUUGGUUUGGGAAGCCGGCCGGAGCCGUUUUUUCCAAAGAGGCGCCUCCCGACGACGUCUUCCCCGCUUCUGGAGACGCGUCAUGUCAGGCUUGGAUUAUCUGGCCGCCGAGUGCCUGAUGUCCAUCUCCAGCGGGGCCUUGAUCCACCCGGCCUCCGGCCUCAUCAGCGUCAAAGAAGAGCGAGGAGGGCGUCCCCCUUCCCUCCCCAGCGCCUGUCACCCGGGCCGCCCGGGCUCUGCGCUUUCGGACAGCAGCGGGAGCUGCUCCUCAUCGCCCGGAGGGAGCGAGCUGCGAAGCGGCGUCCCGGUCCUGCCGCAGGCGGGGGAGCUUCCCCGAAGAGCCGGCGCUGACAGCCCCGCCAGCCUCUCGGCCAUCUCCCCGGCCAAAAGGCACCAGUGCCCUUUCCAAGGCUGCAUUAAGGUCUACGGCAAAUCCUCGCAUCUGAAGGCGCAUCUCAGGACGCACACCGGUGAGCGUCCAUUCCCAUGCAGUUGGGCUGGCUGCCAGAAGAGAUUUGCACGCUCUGAUGAGUUAGCCCGCCACUUCCGCACCCAUACCGGCGAGAAGCGCUUUGCCUGCCCACUCUGCGAGAAGCGAUUUAUGCGGAGCGACCACCUGACCAAGCAUGCCCGCCGCCACCCAGCUUUCCAGCCUGGCAUGGUCCGACGAUCUGACUGCUACAGAGCCUCUCCUACUGACUCAGCUGGCAGCAGCUUGGCCGGAAGCCCCGCCCCUGGCAGCCCCGCCUCUGACAGCCCCGCCCCUUAAAGGGGGCAUGCCACCUUAUUUUUUGUCCUUCCCAGACCUGGCCUCUAGGGAGAGAUCGGGUACAAUUUCAGAGGCAUUUUUUUGAUUCAGAAACUUGGUUUUCCCAUCACUUCCGGUUAUAGUUUAAUAUGCCUUAUUUCAGAAAAAAAAGCUCCUUCUUGUGCUUGGUGGGCAUUUUGAUUACUGUACCAAUCCCUCUCCCUGCUUGCUUCCAAGCUGUAGCCUCUAUGCACAUUCCCAUUCCACCCAGGCUGAGGGUGGCAGGAUUUGUGGAAACCAGUCGAGCAGACGUGAUUAAACUUUGUUGAUGUUCCUUUGGAAAAAAAGGCCCCCAUGUGGCUCUCAGUCAGGGGCUAACCGAUGAUUUCCUAGCCCUUGGUCAAAGAGAUAGUCCCGCCAUCACUUUGCCUCGGUUUCCCAGCUGCAAAGAGACUUUAUUCCAGGGGUGUGCAACCUUGGCAACUUUUAAGACCCGUAGUUCAGUUUCUUCAGCCUGGAGAAUUCUGGGAGUUGAAGUCCACAGGUCUUAAAAUUGCCCAGAUUGGACACCUCUGCUUUAUUCCAAGGUCUAUGUUUGAUAUUGUUGGAACUGUUCAGCCCAACUCUUCCCUAUUAUAAUGAGAAUGCUGAUUUCCUCGUUCAUUGUAGCCCUCAGGAAAAGAAAGUACUUUGUUCAAGUUUCACUUAGCUUUAAGCCUCUCUUUUUGGCCAACCUAUUGGUAAAGAAGAAACUAUUGACUCUUCGUAUUUAGAAAGAGAGCCUGGUGGGAACUCUUCUCUAUGCCUUUGGCCUCUUUGCAUUUGAUAAUCAGAAUUAACUUGCCUCUGAAUAAGGAGGAUCCCUCUUUAGCUAUCAAGGCUAACGACAAACCGUACGAAAUCAUGGCUUUCCAUCUCCCCAUCCUAAAUUGAUCGUUUGCAAACUAUUUUGGGGGGAAAUGUUCAGGUUGACAUAGGCCCUUUGACACUAGAACUGCAGCAAAAGUGGGAGGUGAUUGUUUUUUUUCCCCCAGAGGGAAAUUGGGUGUCGGUAACUAACUUUUUGACCUGAUAUUGUAUGUAAAUAUAUAUUUUUUUUCUCCCAGGUCAACUUUACGUAAGGUUAAAAAAAAAAAAAAAGAUGAGGACCUGUUUCUACGGGUGUAUCUGUUUCAGGGUGUGAGCGUGUGUAUGUGUUUAUGGUUUUUAUAAAAUAUGUAUUUAUUCCUUUUACGAUAGAAUGUAGGAGACCAGUGGUAAAGUUUUAUUGUAUGACUGGUUGGCACAUGGAUGAAUUAAAGCUGAAAAAAAGAAUGGGAUUUUUAGUACGACUCAGGACACCUAAAAGCACUUUUUCUCACUUUCAUGGGGCUGUGGCAACUGCUCUGCACAGCUGUACACCAGGCAAGCGUGUGUGUGUGUGUGUGUGUGUGUGUGUUCCUUGUUUAAAAAUGGAAGCUUUGAUGCUUUGGGUGAUGAUGGUUCUUUGCAAGCUGUCAGGUGUCUCAACAAUGCUAGGCAGGAAGCAGGCCUGAGCAGGCAUUCGAGGACACAAAGCUCCAGAUUUACGGUGG